CCCGGCCGCGUCUCGGCUCUCUGGAGCGCCGCAGACCCCCGCGAGGGGCCUGAGAAAGUCUAGUCGAAAGGCCGAGGCAGAGGCGGCUCUAGGAGGCUCAGCGGGCCGUCGCGUUCCGCACGGUUGGAUGAUAACCGCGCCGAUUGGCCGCUCGGGCCUCGGCGGGAGCCCGGCGGCUGCGGGCGGCCCGAGGGCGCGCGGAGACCUCCCGGGGCGCUGAGGUCGCGGCGGGGUGGUGCGGAGCCGUGUCCCGGUCUCCUACGCCGGCCUCUGCCAGGUGUCUGCAGCGUGGGAGUCGUCCCCACAUGGGUGCUUUACUCGGAAUAGCAACAUGCUCUGUUUCACUUCUCCCCUAGUAAAUACUGUACUUAAAUUGCCUCCCGGUGAGCUCUGGUCUCUUCAAAUAUGAGUAAUGAAAAUUCCUUAGGAGGGUGAAUGAAGCCUCUCAUAUAUUCCUUGGGCUUUGCUAAAUUGCUUAGUAAAUGACUGCUUUGCAGGCCUUUUGUGUAACUUAUAUUUUAAGGGAAAUUCGGUCACGUGCAGUGCCUCUCCUUGAAGAUGGUGGUGGCGAGAAUUUUAUUGAAACUGCUCCCAUAAUUUUCCAUGUGCUGUUACACAUUUUCCAGAGAUGAACUUGGAAUCAGCAUGCCUUUCUUUUGCUGAGAAACCAUGGAUGGGAAAUAAGCACUUAUUAAACUUGAAGUGAAUGGACCUGACUGGGCUCUGAGCACAUCAAUAAACAUGAGUGGAACCAAACCUGAUAUUUUGUGGGCACCCCACCAGGUCGAUAGAUUUGUUGUAUGUGAUUCAGAACUAAGUCUUUAUCAUGUGGAAUCUACUGUGAAUUCGGAACUCAAAGCUGGAUCUUUACGUUUAUCUGAAGACUCUGCAGCGACAUUACUGUCAAUAAAUUCAGACACACCGUAUAUGAAAUGUGUUGCCUGGUAUCUCAAUUAUGAUCCUGAAUGUCUCCUAGCAGUUGGACAAGCAAAUGGUCGAGUUGUACUUACAAGUCUUGGUCAGGAUCAUAACUCAAAAUUCAAAGAUUUGAUAGGAAAAGAAUUUGUUCCAAAACAUGCACGACAGUGCAAUACCCUCGCAUGGAAUCCUCUGGAUAGUAACUGGCUUGCUGCUGGUCUAGAUAAACACAGAGCUGACUUUUCAGUGCUGAUAUGGGAUAUAUGCAGCAAAUAUACUCCUGAUAUAGUUCCCAUGGAAAAAGUAAGACUUUCAGCAGGUGAAACUGAAACAACAUUGUUAGUAACAAAACCACUUUAUGAAUUAGGACAAAAUGAUGCUUGUCUCUCUCUCUGUUGGCUUCCACGAGACCAGAAGCUUCUCCUUGCUGGUAUGCAUCGUAACCUCGCCAUAUUUGAUCUUCGGAAUACAAGCCAAAAGAUGUUUGUAAAUACAAAAGCUGUUCAAGGGGUAACAGUAGACCCGUACUUCCAUGAUCGUGUAGCUUCCUUCUAUGAAGGUCAGGUUGCAAUAUGGGAUCUUAGAAAAUUUGAGAAGCCAGUUUUGACAUUGACUGAACAGCCAAAGCCUUUAACUAAAGUAGCAUGGUGUCCAACGAGGACUGGUCUACUUGCCACUUUAACACGGGAUAGUAAUAUUAUUAGAUUGUAUGAUAUGCAGCAUACACCCACUCCCAUUGGAGAUGAAACUGAACCCACGAUAAUUGAAAGAAGUGUGCAACCUUGUGACAAUUACAUUGCUUCCUUCGCAUGGCAUCCAACAAGUCAAAAUCGAAUGAUAGUAGUAACUCCUAACCGAACAAUGUCUGACUUUACUGUUUUUGAAAGAAUAUCUCUUGCCUGGAGCCCAAUUACAUCUUUAAUGUGGGCUUGUGGUCGUCACUUGUAUGAAUGUGCAGAAGAAGAAAGUGAUAAUUCUUUAGAAAAAGAUAUAGCAACAAAGAUGCGCCUUCGGGCUUUGUCGAGGUAUGGACUUGAUACAGAACAGGUAUGGAGAAACCACAUUUUAGCUGGAAAUGAUGAUCCACAGCUCAAGUCACUCUGGUAUACUCUGCACUUUAUGAAGCAGUACACAGAAGAUAUGGAUCAGAAAUCUCCAGGCAACAAAGGAUCAUUGGUUUAUGCAGGAAUUAAAUCAAUUGUAAAGUCAUCUUUGGGAAUGGUGGAAAGCAGCAGACAUAAUUGGAGUGGGUUGGAUAAGCAAACUGAUAUUCAGAAUUUAAAUGAAGAGAGAAUCUUAGCUUUACAACUUUGUGGGUGGAUAAAGAAAGGAACGGAUGUAGAUGUGGGGCCAUUUUUGAACUCCCUGGUACAAGAAGGGGAGUGGGAGAGAGCUGCUGCAGUGGCAUUGUUCAACUUGGAUAUUCGACGAGCAAUCCAAAUCCUGAAUGAAGGGGCAUCUUCCGAAAAAGGAGAUCUGAAUCUCAAUGUGGUAGCAAUGGCUUUAUCUGGUUAUACGGAUGAGAAGAACUCCCUUUGGAGAGAAAUGUGCAGCACUCUACGAUUACAACUAAACAACCCAUAUCUGUGUGUCAUGUUUGCAUUUCUGACAAGUGAAACAGGAUCUUAUGAUGGAGUUUUGUAUGAAAACAAAGUUGCAGUACGUGACAGAGUGGCAUUUGCUUGUAAAUUCCUUAGUGAUGCUCAGUUAAAUAGGUACAUCGAAAAAUUGACCAAUGAAAUGAAAGAAGCUGGAAAUUUGGAAGGAAUUUUGCUUACAGGACUUACUAAAGAUGGAGUGGACUUAAUGGAGAGUUAUGUUGAUAGAACUGGAGAUGUCCAAACAGCAAGUUACUGCAUGUUACAGGGUUCACCUUUAGAUGUUCUUAAGGAUGAAAGAGUUCAGUACUGGAUUGAGAACUAUAGAAAUUUAUUAGAUGCCUGGAGGUUUUGGCAUAAACGAGCUGAAUUUGAUAUUCAUAGGAGUAAGUUGGAUCCCAGUUCCAAGCCUUUAGCACAGGUGUUUGUGAGUUGCAAUUUCUGUGGCAAGUCAAUCUCCUACAGCUGUUCAGCUGUGCCUCAUCAGGGCAGAGGUUUUAGUCAGUAUGGAGUGAGUGGCUCGCCAACGAAAUCUAAAGUCACAAGUUGUCCUGGCUGUCGAAAACCCCUUCCUCGUUGUGCACUUUGCCUCAUUAAUAUGGGGACACCUGUUUCUAGCUGUCCUGGAGGAUCCAAAUCAGACGAAAAAGUGGAUUUGAGCAAAGACAAAAAGCUAGCUCAAUUUAACAACUGGUUUACAUGGUGUCACAAUUGCAGGCACGGUGGGCAUGCUGGACACAUGCUUAGUUGGUUCAGGGACCAUGCAGAAUGCCCUGUGUCUGCAUGCACGUGUAAAUGUAUGCAGUUGGAUACAACAGGGAAUCUAGUACCUGCAGAAACUGUCCAGCCAUAAAAUGUUAUCACCUGAAGAGAAACCUUCAAGCGUGGAGCUUUCUAAUAGAUAUCCUUCAUAAAUCAAAAACAUACCUCAGAACAAGUCACUCAUGACUUUCCUGUAAUGGGAAAAUAAAUCAUUCUAUCAGAUCAGCAAUUUGAUGUUUGAGUGAUUUUGAUGUACGUCACAGAGACAAGUGCUGCUGAAAUGAACAUCAGAGUGUAGUCAUGAGUUGUGUUCAGUAGGUUGAAAAAGUCCAUUUUGGAAGAACUUUCUAAGGUUUUGUUGAAAAUAUCAACAUAGUACUAGCAGAGUUUAUAGAAUAAACAAGAGUAGACCUUGAACCUAUAUCUUCACAGCUGAAAUUGGGUAUCUUUCAAUAAAACCUGUCAACUUUUAAAA